AUGGCGGAACUACCAAUCUUCAAUUACAAGGUACCUGAAAAGUUCCUAGCAGACAUGGUUAAAUCCAAGAGAUCUAAACGAUCUCGUAAAUCUAGUUCAGUUCCCAGCUCAAGUUCUAGCUCGGGCACUGACUCUUCUAGUUCAUUCAGUGACUCUAGUUCUUCGGAUUUUCUUGACACCAAGUCAAAAAAGUUUGAGUUCAAGAAACGUACGUCUGGCCGUCUCGCUAAAUGGAUUGUCAGGGGCAUUCCCAAGAAACACGUGAAAGUGGCUAGGGAAGCGUUUAAACCUUCAGUUGAGAAACUAGAAAAGAAGUACGAUGCUUUAAACCUUUUAACCAACCCCAGAUUGGACGAGACGCUAUACGCUGCCCUGAAAUCGGUUAAACAUUCCUCGGCCUCAGUUACGAAUAUUUAUCCGCAGGAAAAGGUUUAUAGAAGGCAGGCAGACUUGAUCUUAGACAUGGCCAAACCACUUUUAUUUCUGGUGAACAAGAGCAAAUUCAAGAAAAAUCCUUCUGACGCUAUGGCCCUCAAGUCGCUGUCUUUGCUGUGGUGUCAUCUCUUCAAGGAUAUUUCCACCACCCGACGUCUCAACAUCUUGUCUCAGGUCUACCCGAACCACGUGGGUCUACUUUCUCGUUCGGCUGAAACGCUUCUCAUUGGCGGUGACGAUCUCUUCGGUGACGUUUGCAUCAAAGAACUGUUGGCCCAAGUGCACACCGCUGCUCUGGUUAGCAACUCCGUCGCUCCUUCCGCUACAUCUACUCCUGCCAAAUCCAAUAUGUCCAAUCGACCUUCUUCACUGACAGGUCCUAGUACUUCUAAUUCAUCUCAGAGGAAUCAUGACAUCAACCGGUAUAUUACCUUCUGUUGA